AUGGUCCAACUACAAGAAUGCAAUGACCCCACCUGGCCCUGCCAGAAGGAGAUGACAUUGUAUUUCCCGAGUUUGUCCAACCCCAAGUUGCUGGUAUCAGUCGUCUUCCUCCUCCUGGCUCCUCUGUCGACCAGCUGCAAGCCCCUCGUCCUCCCACUGGACUGCAGUGACAUCUUUAACAAUGACAACCAUCAACCCAGUGGAGUGUACACCAUCUAUCCCAUUGGAGCCACUUCUGCUGUCCAGGUGUACUGUGACAUGGACUCACAAGGAGGACGGUGGAUGGUGUUCCAGAGGAGGAUGGACGGCACCGUGAACUUCUACAGGGGCUGGGAUCAGUACAAGCUGGGCUUUGGUAGCGCUGCUGGAGAGUACUGGCUCGGUCUUGAGACUCUCUUCCACCUGACUCUGAGGAAGAAGUAUGAGCUGCUGGUCGACAUGGAGGACUUCAGUGGAAACAAAGCGUUCGCUCGUUACUCCUCGUUCUCCAUCGACCCAGAGUCCUACGGAUACAGACUGCAUGUAUCUGGAUUCACUGAUGGAGGGGCAGGAGACGCUAUGAUUUUUCACAACGGACAGAAGUUCACCACCUUUGACAAAGACCAGGACCCCUGCUCAACUGGCAACUGUGCCAGAACAUACCUGGGGGCGUUCUGGUACGCCAUCGGUCACUAUACAAACCCCAACGGGGUUUAUCGUUGGGGGGCAGAUGGCACUCUCUUUGCUGUUGGAGUGAGCUGGAACCCUUUUAAGGGUAAUGACUACUCCCUGAAGACCAUCAGCAUGAAGAUCCGUCCUGUGCAGUAGUUCUCCAGGACCAACGUACAGCAGAAUAUCAGCAGCUGAUCUCUCUCACUUAUCUAGAACAUAAUUUCACAAGAUGUUUAGAUGGAAACAGCAUUAACACAAUUUAUAGAGGGGGAAAAGAUAAAGAAUAAAAGCAUGCGUGUCUUUCUCUGUGGAUUUUCAAAAAUUAAAGCUUCCUCAGAAAAGCCAGUCAAAAUGUAAAAUGGACAUCGAUAGUUGAUGUGAAUAUUUCCAGUUAAAAUGAGACUUUGUUUGUGUGUGUGAGCAGCUGCUGGCUGGAAAGUCUUCAGUCAAACAGCUGUUGGUGUAGAGAAAUGAGUCUCUGCUGGUUCAGAUGUUACCUUCAGUCUGCUGGCUGCAACUAAACACACUCAGCUUUAAAGUCAAACUCACUAGUUUCAACACAACGUUUGGUGGAGGUUUGAAACCCUAAUGUGAAUCAUUAUCUGCUGUACGCUGACAAUAAAUGAGAAGCUGAGCAUGAA